AUGUGGUGGCAAGUUUUUGGCUUUAAACAUAAAAUAGAAGCUACCGAUAUUAAUGAUCAAUUAUUUAAUGAAUUAGAUCUAUCUUUAUUUCAAAAAAAGAAUAAAAAAACAUUGAUAAUUUAUAUAAUAUCAGUAUGGGGGAUGACAUUAUUGAAAAUCAUUCAUUUAUUUUCAGAUGUGUAUACAUGUAUUAAGCUAUUAGCUUUCAAUACAUGGUCCAAUGAAUAUAUCCAACCGUAUUUACCAUUUAAGAUCUCAAAAUGGUUAUUUAGUGGGUGUAUAAUAUUUUCAAUAUUAUUAUUACUAUGGGAAGGAAUACAUGGUUUGCGAGUUUACCAGAGUCGAAAUGUAUGUUAUGGGUAUAUUAAUAAUUUUGCUAGGACUUUAUAUUGUCUUGGAGAUUAUCGAAUAUUUUGUUUAUUUGAUAAAGUGACACCAAGUGGAACAUUCCAAAAACUGACUUUUUUCUGUUUUUUUGAACUUAAAGAUUGCAUAAGAUUAAUUUUUACUGAUUCACCAAGACAGGUAAUUAAUGGACUGACAUUAUGGUCUGUAUUAGCUGCAGCAUCUGAUAAUUCUACUAUUGCAAAUAAUAGUGGUAGUACUAAUAAUAGUAACGAUUCGAAUAAUUUAAAUCAAGUUUAUGACGUCCAUGGCAUCAUAAGUAGACUUCGAAUCAUUGCUAAGACAAAUCAUGAAGAAGCAGUCAUGUUAUCCUUUAUGUUGGUUUCGUUUUUAAUUUGGAUGUUAUUAUUUUUAAAAUUUUCUAUUGCAAUUGGUGGUUCCAUAUAUGUUUGUUAUCGAUUUCAAAGAGAUUCUCAAUUUAAAACCGUAAGAGAAUAUAUUUCUGUUACGAUUAGUUAUAAUUUAGAAUAUUUAAUUGAGAAAUAUAAAUAUAAACAAUUCUAUUCACAAAGUGAUCUAUUAGAAUCUAUUGAAUCAGAGGAUGAUUCAGAAUAUUGGGAUAUGAAAACGAUAUCAUAUUAUAAUCAGCAAAACAAUUACAUUAAUGAUGAAUUAGGUAAAAUUAGUUUUAUCAAGACACCUGAUACAUUAUAUAGUGUGCCUAGUUAUUAUUACAAAUAA